AUGUUUGCGGAGCAGUAUGGGAAAAGAGACAAGGAUAUGAGUAAGAAAAAAAGCAAGUCAAAAGAUGACGAAAAAGAGCUCACAUUCGAUCAGCUUGAGGAUAAAAUGAUGCAGGAUAUGAAAGUUAUGAACGUCAAAGAGAAAGAUAAAGACAAAGAAAAAGAGAAAGAGGGAAAGGCCGAAAUGAAGUACUCUUCUACAGUUCAAAUCGAGCGAGUAAAAGCCUUAUCGAAAGGUAAGACGAAGUCUGCGACCGUUAUACUGGAGAAAGAAAAAAAUUUGAUGGGAGAGCAACGAAGCAGCAGCCUGGAGAAGCACGAUGGAGAAUUUGUGAGCCACGGACUAUUCGAUGCAGCCAGCGUUGUUUGCAAUAUAGUCGACAUUUCGAAAGAUAGCACGUUACGACGACAUCACCAAAGCCCAGAAGCUAAACAUCAAAAACCCGUCAAGAAGGCUAGCACCGCCAGUAUAACGUCAACAUCUUCACAGAGCAGUGGUCCGUUCGCUUCGCUGAAGGAAAGUGAACGAAAGAAAAAACAGAGUGAAGAAGACGACAAUUAUUGA